AUGAUGGCAUUCAACCCAGCCGCUGCAUUCAAUACUCCUCAGCUUCUGGCGCCGCAACCGACAACACCGGUGAGGACUGAACCGUCUGGUUCAGUGUCAUCUACCUCCCAUAACGAUCUCAAUGAUGCUACAGUUCGCUUCCUGACCCCAAGUGGGCCGCUUAUUCCAGGAAUGAUGCCCGUAUUUGCGCCAGAUGCUGCAUUUCGUGCAGCCAUGGCACAAGGAUCACUGCCAUUCCCUGGGUUUUACCCAGGUUUACCUCCAGCGGAGGUGAAGCCGGAAAUGAUGUUUAUGGAUCCAUCGUUUGCAUAUCAUCCGUACGAUGGUGCACGACGCAAAAAUGCAACCCGUGAAACUACAGCACCGCUGAAAUCAUGGCUUAAUGAGCAUAGAAAGAAUCCGUAUCCUACAAAAGCAGAAAAAAUAAUGCUUGCAUUGUUGACAAAAAUGACCCUAACUCAGGUUUCAACUUGGUUUGCUAAUGCUAGAAGACGCCUAAAAAAAGAAAAUAAAAUGACCUGGUCACCAAGAAAUCGACCUGGCGAAGACGAUGAUGAUGAUAUUGCUGAUGCCGAACCAUCAGACCGAGAUCCAUCUGAUCGACCGUCCAGUAGUGCUUCUAAUAUUAGUGACCUAAAUGUUUCAGUGAAACCUGAAAAUCUCUCUAAUGAGUCUAACAAUAAUGACGAGAAAAGGAACGAUUCCUUACAAUCAGGUGAAACAAAUGCUGAGUCUCCUCGAAAAAGUAAGAUAUGGUCUAUAGCUGAAACGCUUUCAACGAGAGCCGCUGCAGCCUCAGCAAAAAAAGAAGAUGAAACAGCGUCAACGUCUGCUGAAAAAUCGGAAGACGGUGAUUGUGAAAGCGCUCCUGUAUCAUCGGCGUCUGCAAAUACGCUGUCUCCAAAUGGUAUUGCCACGCAGCCUCCAUAUAUGCAAUUUUGGCCACAGAUGGCUAUGGCAAUGGCUGCCAGAAUGCCAUUUCAACGUCAAGACCUUUUUUCUAUGAUGGCUCAGUCUGGUCAAAUGAGGCCUCCAUUGAUCUUCAACCCACUUCUGAUGCCGGGUUUGGGAACGCCACCAGUUCCAACUUCGGUCACCCCAACUACGCAGUCUAACGGUUAG